AUGAAGGGCCUCGCCGUCGACCACCUCGUUUUCGAGCAGAUGUUCCCCAAACCCAAAGCGACGGAUCCGCAAAACUUCCAGGGCCUGCUCCAACGCCAGCUCGUCCCGGAGGUCCGGCUCGAGACACAGGCGUUCUACGGCCAUCUGUCGUCCCAGGAAGCCAAAUACCCGGGCCUCGAUUACUCGUACAAGCCGCAUCGCGUCCGCCUCUCCCGCUACCCAUGGCACCGACGCCUCUUCCGCGCCUUUGAUAGUCUGGGCCUGACGAAAUCUGAGAUUGCGAGCUUGACGAAGUGGGAGGGGACGCGAUGGGCAAAGGAGCGAUUUGAGCGCGAGCAGGGCAUUGUGAUCAAGGAUACGACGGCUGAUGGCAUCAUGGACUGGGUCCCUCCGGAACUGCGCAGAUCAAUCUCGCAGCAGGCACACCAUGCCGAUAUCGAGGUCAUGGACGAUGUUCAGGAAGGCGAGGAGACGGAGGACAACGAGGCGGAGAACGAGGAGAUGGAUGAGGAUGGCGAGGACUCGGAUGCGGAGCUGCAGAGCGUGGGCACAGAGUUGAAUGAGCGGCUGCGGGCUGCCGCGGCACAGCGGGAGGCCGGGCAGGACACCGUGAUGGAUGAGGAAUGGGAACAGUGGUUGAAAGAGACGGUCGAGGCUGGGGGCCUCCCCUUUCUCUCUGCCGACCUGUCGCCCCAUGCCAACAUCCCCGGUACGAGACCCGCGUUUGACAGCCCACACCUGCCCGCCAGCAUCUUGAACGCAGCGCGAUUGGGGCAGUGGGAUCAUAUCCCGGAUUACCUGCACAACUACAUCCGCCGCGAGAUGGAAGCCAACCGCCGCCGAAUGGAAGAUGCACCGAUCACCUCUUCGACACCGUCCUCUUCUGCCUCGUCGACCAACGGCAGUGGCCCACUUGCGUCCACGAGAACUCUCCCAAUCCCGACCCCGACGACUGCUGCUGCCCCCAGCUCCCGGGUCGUCUCGCCCUUCACCUCCAGAACGCUUCAAGGCCGACAAGAUCUCUCUGGCCACUUUGUUCGAAGCGGCACGGGCAGUCCCCGCGCACGCCCUGCAAUCCCAGCACCACCAGCGCUCGCGCUCGCGCGCCUGCAAGGUCGUUCUUCGGAACAGAUCUCCCGGCGGACGAUGAUGUCUGUUGAUCGAAGAACCCCAGCCAUGUCGGUGCAUAACGCUGCGCGAGUACUGUACUCGUACGGCUACUGUGCAAUGUGGUGGGACGAGAUGCGACGAGAUGAGGACAGCGGGCAUGCAGGCCGGUCUUGUGGGGGUCGGCUUUGGCUGGAUGGUGGUACAUAUGGAGCUCUUGUCUUGGUUCGAAGAAGAAAAAGAAGCAUGGAAGCAUGA